AGAAGUGUCUGGAGGCUGCUGUCUAAGGACCAGGCAAGUUGUAACAGGGAGGCACAGGAGAGAGUGCAGGGCUAUUUCCACAGAAGGGAACCUAAGACCCCGCAGGCUGUGUCCAGAGGCAGUGGGAGCAGGCCAGGCCGGGCCAGGGCCAGGGCAGGGAUGAACUUCUCGGUGGGUUUCAAGCCGCUGCUCGGGGAUGCGCACAGCAUGGACAACCUGGAGAAGCAGCUCAUCUGCCCCAUCUGCCUGGAGAUGUUCUCCAAGCCGGUGGUGAUCCUGCCCUGCCAGCACAACCUGUGCCGCAAGUGCGCCAACGAUGUCUUCCAGGCCUCGAACCCUCUGUGGCAAUCCCGGGGCUCCACCACUGUGUCUUCGGGAGGCCGUUUCCGCUGCCCUUCCUGCAGGCAUGAGGUUGUCCUGGACCGACAUGGUGUCUACGGCCUGCAGCGAAACCUGCUGGUGGAGAAUAUUAUCGACAUCUACAAGCAGGAGUCGUCCCGCCCCCUGCACUCCAAGGCUGAGCAGCACCUCAUGUGUGAGGAGCAUGAGGAAGAGAAGAUCAAUAUCUACUGCCUGAGCUGUGAAGUGCCCACCUGCUCUCUCUGCAAGGUCUUUGGUGCCCACAAGGACUGUGAGGUGGCCCCACUGCCCACCAUCUACAAACGCCAGAAGAGUGAGCUCAGCGACGGCAUCGCGAUGCUGGUGGCAGGCAACGACCGUGUGCAAGCAGUGAUCACGCAAAUGGAGGAGGUGUGCCAGACCAUCGAGGACAACAGCCGCCGGCAGAAGCAGCUGCUAAACCAAAAGUUCGAGACUCUAUGCGCGGUGCUGGAGGAGCGCAAGGGCGAGCUGCUGCAGGUGCUGGCCCGGGAGCAGGAGGGGAAGCUGCAGCGCGUCCGCGGCCUCAUCCGCCAGUACGGAGACCACCUGGAGACCUCCUCGAAGCUCGUGGAGUCCGCCAUCCAGUCCAUGGAGGAGCCGCAGAUGGCGCUCUACCUCCAGCAGGCCAAGGAGCUGAUCAAUAAGGUCGGGACAAUGUCGAAGGUGGCGCUGGCGGGACCGCCAGAGCCGGGCUAUGAGAGCAUGGAGCAAUUCACCGUGAGCGUGGAGCACGUGGCCGAAAUGCUGAGGACCAUCGACUUCCAGCCGGGCGCUUCCGGAGCGGAAGAGGAUGAGACCCUGGACGGAGAGGAGGGCAGCGCGGGGCCAGAGGAGGAGCGGCCGGACGGGCCGGAAGGCCGGCACUGACCCGACCCCAAUCCGGGAGCCCACGCACCCCGGGCCUGGCCCUUCGGGUGGUGGAGGAGCUGCGCAGAGACCACGGCGCCAUCUAGCUCGGCGCCCCGCCCGGAGGGGGCUCAAUAAAGGGCUUCUGAGUCCCAGACCCGCAUCUCCUUUCGGCGCCCACUCCCUCAGCCCGGGCUCCGGAGGCGAAGCCACUACUGUCCCGCCCUUGCCCGAAACUGGGGCCAUUUGGGUGGCCGAAGUAGAAUGUACCCUUAUUCGGCACCUCCCUGACCAAGAGGUUCACGCGUCGGACAGCGGCGCUGGGACCUCUGGGUUCCUGGGGUGGUCCCUGG